GAAGAGACUCCAGUUGGUGGCCGAGCGAGCAACGCGCUCCCUUCUCAGUCUCGAGGUCCCGCGUGGUCGGUUUGCGCGCAUCUCGCUCGGCGAUUGGUCAUUCGCGCGGCGCCCUCUCGUCCUGUCGCCUCGCGGUACGCUCUCGAGUAUCCCUCGCCGUCAGAAAUAGACGGGUUCGAGAACCCGUGGUCGCAGGCUUCGCGCACCCGGAGACGUCGAAAGCUCUCGACGCCCCCCGACGAAGAGGUUAGGCCUCAUCCCGCACCCUCCUCUCUCUCUCGGCGCGGAGGAAAAUAGCGCGCGCGGGCGCGCGCUCGACUCGGCAGGAUGGCGCUCCUUAUACACACGAUCGUCGAUGGCUACCACGACUUGAUGAACAACAAAAGCGACCCCAGGGUGAACGAUUGGUUCAUGAUGAGCAGCCCGUUCCCCACGUUAGCUAUAUGCCUAUUUUACGCCUACUUCGUCAAGGUCCUCGGACCUACGCUCAUGGAGAACAGGAAACCUUUCGACCUCAGGAGGGUCAUGAUAUUUUAUAAUCUCUUCCAAGUUGUGUUCUCCACGUGGCUCUUCUACGAGAGCCUGGCGUCUGGAUGGUGGGGCCAUUACUCGUUUAGGUGUCAGCCAGUGGAUUACUCUCAUAACCCGAGAGCCAUAAGGAUGGCAAGGGGGUGCUGGUGGUACUACUUCUCCAAGUUCACCGAGUUCGCCGACACGAUAUUCUUCGUCCUCAGGAAGAAGAGCAACCACAUUUCGACGCUGCACGUAAUCCACCAUGGUUGCAUGCCCAUGUCCGUAUGGUUCGGCGUCAAGUUCACCCCAGGUGGCCACAGCACCUUCUUCGGGCUGCUGAACACGUUCGUGCACAUCGUGAUGUACUCGUACUAUCUGUUGGCUGCCCUGGGACCUCGGAUCCAGCCUUACCUCUGGUGGAAGAAGUACCUGACCGCCCUGCAGAUGGUCCAGUUCGUCCUGGUGAUGGUCCACGCGUUCCAGCUGCUCUUCGUCGACUGCAACUAUCCGAAAGCGUUCGUCUGGUGGAUCGGGAUGCACGCGAUAAUGUUCUACUUCCUCUUCAGAAACUUCUACAGGGAGACCUACAAGAGGAAGGAGAAGGCGAGGCUAGUCAAUGCAAGCAAAAGGGCCGAGGCCGAAUACGCGAAGCGCAACGGCGAGGUCAAGAGCAAGGAGGCCGAGGAUAAGGUCAUCUACGCGAACCAGUACAAAAUGGCGACGGGCUACAUAUCCGACAACGUGAUGAGAAAUCGGGUCUUCAUCGACAAUCGGGGCUUCGUAGAAUGAGAGGUCGCCGCGGGGCCCGUCACCUUCCGGUAUUAGGAGGAUCGCGAUGGAUUUUUUGGGAAACCCGGACACUGAGAGUCGUCCCCGGAUCGAUCCGUCGACGGAGAUUUUGUCGACGGUGGGGACGAGCUAUGGGCGAUUCCGAUCCUUCCUGGGACGACGAGUCCUGCGACCGCCCGACAACCGAUCCUAGAUACUCGGGCCUCGGCGGACUCGCCGGUCCUUUGUGGUCCUUUUUGCGCCAUCGGCAGCGCACACCGGUCAACCGGGUGCCGGGGACUUCUAGUUUGAGCGCUCAUGUCUACCGGCCGGUCUCGCCGAUUCUAAGGGGUCUACGAUCCCUGGAGAUUGGUGGGGAUCGCUCCGGUCGACCCUGCGGAAUAAGGGAAAACUUGUAAUCCUUUGAUCAGGGGAGCGCUGGGAGAGUGGUCGGUUCUCUGUCGGUAGGAGACUCCCUAGGGCUCAGCGGUGGCGGGGCGCUCGUUCUUCGUAGUGCAUUUAUGACGAGUCCGGCAGAACUCCUGCCGAGGAUCAGCUGAUCGGCGAUUUGAAGUCUGCCGAUCGGUGAUUUUGCGUUAGCUGGUCGGCAAUCUCGUGUCAGCUGAUCUACGAUUUUGCUUCUGCUAAUCGACGAUUUUACGUCGGCUGAUCGGCAAUGUCGCAUCCGCUGAUCGGCUUCGAAAUGCGAACUAUCGACGGCGAUCAUUCGCGAUCCGUGGCAACGAAUUCGGGGGUCAUCGCCCUGAAUCAUCUGCGCUCGCGAGCAACGACCAUUCGUCGAGUCGUUGAGUCCUUGGAUUCGAGAAUUUCUCCGAACACGGGAAGUUUCGAAUGCGGACUGAUCGGAUGAUCGUCAAUGACGGUCUUGGGCAGGAGGGAUGACUUCGGACUCGUUAACUCUUGGCGGAGGACGCGGGGAACCACGUGCACUUCCGGAAGUGGAUCCAAAAUGCGAGGAGGCCUUGAGGUCUCGUUUUAAGGUCGUAGGAAAGUCGGUAUUUCUCUCGAUGGACCGGAAAUGUGGAGCAACUAAUCAUUGGCUAAUUAUUUAAUCUCACGCACCUUGAGAGUGAUAAAAGCUUCUUAACGAUUUUCAAAACACACGCCGACUGAUUUUAUCCCAUUGACAAAUUCGUACUAUGGAGAAGACGUCGAAAUUUCUGUUGGCUCGAUUGUAGGCAUUUUAUAUAUGAUAAAGCGAGGAAGGAAAAGAUAAUGGCAUAUAAUUUGUAACUACCUCGAGUCUCAAGGAUAAGUCGUGAUUUUAGAGGGAGAUCUGCGGAAAUGUAAAUUCGAAUAAUCAGGAAUAACGUUACUAUUGAAAAUCGAUCACUGUCGAAAAUCUGCGAAAUGUGUAAAGUUUGAAAACUAGGUGAGCAAAAAUUCGACUUCGGACCGACACUUCCGGGAUUGAAUGGCGGAAAGUGGGGGCUGAGAAGGGAAAUUGGUAUUUUACUUAAAUGAUUAAAUGAUGAGGAAUGGCGAUUUUUGGAAAUGUUCGCAAGGUAUGCCGACUUUCGAGAUUGCGAAGGACAACGGGCUUUAAUCCAUCGAAGGAAAAAGGAAAUUGGCACGGUGGGAUGGUUCGGAAAAGCGAAUCGCAAUUGGGGAAACUGCCUCCAUCUUCGAGUACCAUUAGUCAAAUCUCGGCCCAGUAAUAGCGAUUAAGAGUAACGCAAUUAUACAUAUCGUCGUUAGCAUAGGAUUUAACGUUGUACAGGCGUUUUAGCGUGUUAUUCUUUCGAGAUAUCUUGUCAACGGGCGAAAAGGGAGGAGAAAAAUUGACAUGCGAUUUCUGCGUGGACUUGCACGUACCACUUUCCAUGUUUCUUUUUCUCUUUCCUUGUACUUAAGACCCUUUUAUCAAUAGAAGCUCGAGGAUGCGGUAUCGAAUCCUGCUGUGGAGACCUUCCGAAUUGUAAAUUCAUAACGUGCGAGGCGUAAAUGUUACGGGUUAAGUCUCGAUUAUAGAUUUAAGGAUAGAAACUUCGAACGCCUAGGAUAAGUAUUUUUGUAUCAUACGAGAGCGCGAUCCAGUGCAGUGGGUGUAUUUAUUUUCUCAGAAUAAAAACAUUGUGUUCUUUGCAUUAA